GGGUGGAGGUGAGCGGCGGGGAGGAGUUAUUCCCGGAGGGUGCUGCAGUUCUGCAUCCUCCUCGGCGAAAGAGCCGGGGGGGGGUUGUUGAGUUGUGCCUCAGGGUCUCGGCGUCUGGUAUGUGGAGGGAACUUUGGCUCGCCUUCUGCAGCUCGUCGUGUGUGUGUGUGCGGGGAGCCCCUCUGCAGUGGUGCCUCCGGAGUAUCGAAGGUUGAGUUGUAUUCUCAGACAUCUGAAGAGCAAACAGCACCAUGGCUCCAUGAAUUGUGAAACCACAGGAAGUGUGGUAGCCCUUCCUACCUCCAGCUUUCCUUCCUUACCGUGACAUUCUUCUCAGGACCUUUUGCUUUAUCCUCACUGGUUACACAGUGGCCUGAUUCUGUACCAGAGCAGAGGAAGCAGUUUGCAGACCAGGGAGAGCCAUGGCCUUGAGCUUGUAUGUCUUACACCUCUUCUAUAAGUUCAAAGUGUUGGUGCUCGUCACUUUGUGUUUGAUGGUGCUAUGGGCCACAUUCAGUUACUUUGUGGACUCGAGACAGGAAAUUUCUAAAGCUAAGGACAUGGUACAGGAUUUCAGAAUGGUAACUAGCCUGGUGUACAGCCAAAAGGAAGAGAAGUUUGAAUCAAUUGCUGAAGUUCCCACGGUGAAAUUUCAGGGUCCUUGCCCAGCUCUGUCUCCGUAUCUGCGAGGCGCCAACAAACUCACGUUCAAGGCUUCUCUCACACUGGAAGAAGUGCAGAAGGAGAACCCUCAGGUAACCAAGGGCCGGUAUCACCCUACAGAGUGCUCAGCAUUGCAGCGUGUGGCCAUCCUCAUCCCCCACCGCAACCGAGAGAAGCACCUGCUGUAUCUCCUGGAGCACCUCCACCCCUUUCUACAGAGGCAGCAGCUGGACUACGGCAUUUAUGUUAUUCACCAGGCUGGCAGCACCAAAUUUAAUCGGGCUAAACUGUUGAAUGUGGGAUACCUAGAGGCCCUAAAAGAAGCAAGCUGGGACUGUUUCAUUUUCCAUGAUGUGGAUCUGGUGCCAGAAAAUGACUUUAACAUUUACAUGUGUGACAGACAACCAAAGCAUCUUGUAGUUGGCAGGAACAAUACUGGAUACAGGUUACGAUACUCAGGGUAUUUUGGCGGUGUAACUGCUCUAACGAGAGAUCAGUUUUCCAAGGUGAAUGGAUUCUCUAACAACUACUGGGGCUGGGGUGGAGAAGAUGACGACCUUCGAAUCAGGGUUGAGAUGCAGAAAAUGAAAGUGGUGAGGCCAUCGGCUGCUGUAGCCAGGUACACAAUGAUCUUCCACAAACGAGACCAUGGUAAUGAGGAGAAUGCAGAGAGGAUGAAGCUUCUACGUCAGGUAUCUAGAACAUGGAAAAGAGAUGGGCUGAACUCUUGUUCAUAUAAACUACUUUCAGUGGAACACAACCCCUUAUACAUCAACAUCACGGUGGAUUUCAGCAUGCAGCCCAAGAUCUCAUAAGGGCAAGCACCACACAGGUUACUGGAAAAGGCAUCAGAUCAUGUUUGUGGUUACUGUUGAGCAGAUGGCUCCUGGCACUCUGCUUGAAAGAGUCCUUCAGUAGCAGGGAAGAAAGUUUUUCUUCACAGCAUCUAAUUGGUUGGUUGAGAAUUUCCUUUUGUGAGGGACAGGUCCCCUUGUAUUCUUCUAUGCACUUUCUGCUGGGACACUUGUAGAAGUGUCCUUGUUUGGGCUGGUCCAGUGGAAGGACUUGAACUAAGUCCUGAAAAAAAAAAUUAUUCUUGCAACUAUUCCUAAACUUACUUGUUGCAGGGGGAAGGCAGCCUAGCACUGCCAACACUGCUAUGACUUCAGAAGGAACAGGUCAGUUGUUUCCCAGUAAAAGCACAAGAAUUUUUCACCAACUAAAAACUUGUUGAGAAAAGCUGAGUUUUUCCAGCCUGAGGAAAAACUGCUUAUGUCUGAGGGAAAGGCAAUCAUGGUUAAUAGAUGAAAAGAUGUUAAAAAUCUCUCAAUAAAUACUCUCUAUUGAAUUAA